AGCUCCUGAAUCAUUUUAUUUUAUCUUUCUUAGUUACAAUAUAAAUUGGAAUUAUGGAUUGUUUCCACAAAUGUGGGAAGACCCAUCAUUUGCAAACUCUGAAGUUGAGGGGGCACUUGGAGAUAACGAUCCAGUUGAUGUUGUUGAGAUUGGUCAAACUCGUGGAAAGAUAGGACAGAUUAUGAAGGUCAAGCCAUUAGUUGCCUUGGCAAUGCUUGAUGAAGGGGAACUUGACUGGAAAAUAGUUGCAAUUUCAUUGGAUGAUCCAAGAGCUUCACUUGUUAAUGAUAUUGAUGACGUGGAAAAGCAUUUGCCGGUAAUGUUUUUGUUGAACUAA